CGUAAGCAUCAAUGUCCACACUGGAGGGACCAAGGCGAAGCUAGCGACCAGCCACUGCGAGCAGCGUGGGGUCUCAAUUCACUCUGCAGCGAGCGAGGGGUGCGAGAGGACCACGGGGAACUCGGGACCCGGGGGUCGGGACGCGGGAAGAGAAGACGCCCCUCCCCCACCUCAAGCAGGAAACAUCAGUAUUCAGCCAAGACGAGUGGCGACACAUGCGCACUCGGUUACUUAGCAACGUCGACGUUAAACUGCCCGAGAACCCAGCCCAGCAACAGUCGAGCGGCCCGCGACUUCCACCAAUCAGCGCCGGCCUCAUCUUUGUCUCCUCACCAAUCAGGGCUGGCGCCUCAAGGAAGUUUCCAGAGCUUUCGAGGGCGGGCCCUUUAACUUGGAUUCAUCCGCUUGAUGAUUUUUUAAUUUUUUUUGUACAAGAGGAGACGGGUCGCCGGGAAUACAGGGGCGCUCGUUUGGUAGUGUUCUUUGCUUCGGUUCUGAGGAACCGGGAGCUCUGUUGAAACGUCUAAUUGGUCUGUGGGAGGUGGGGCCCGCGGAACUACUUUCAGUGGCGCAGGAAGACGACAGCUACGUAGAAGUGAGUAGUCACGCAACAGACGCUGCAUAAAUAGCGGCUCGCGCGGCUGCGGGGCUCAGUGACGAGAGGCUUUGUCCGGUUUGGAGGUCUUUCCUUGAGGGUGUUUCGACGCGCUGGGCGGUUUGUGCUUUCAUUACAUUCGUUAACAGGUCAAAAUGCAGAUCUUCGUGAAGACCCUGACCGGCAAGACCAUCACCCUAGAGGUGGAGCCCAGUGACACCAUUGAGAACGUGAAGGCCAAGAUCCAGGAUAAAGAGGGCAUCCCCCCUGACCAGCAGAGGCUCAUCUUUGCUGGCAAGCAGCUGGAAGAUGGCCGCACCCUCUCUGACUACAACAUCCAGAAAGAGUCAACCCUGCACCUGGUCCUCCGUCUAAGGGGUGGCAUGCAGAUCUUUGUGAAGACCCUGACCGGCAAGACCAUCACCCUGGAGGUGGAGCCCAGUGACACCAUCGAGAACGUGAAGGCCAAGAUCCAGGAUAAAGAGGGCAUCCCCCCUGACCAGCAGAGGCUCAUCUUUGCUGGCAAGCAGCUGGAAGAUGGCCGCACCCUCUCUGAUUACAACAUCCAGAAAGAGUCAACCCUGCACCUGGUCCUCCGCCUGAGGGGUGGCAUGCAGAUCUUCGUGAAGACCCUGACCGGCAAGACCAUCACCCUGGAGGUGGAGCCCAGUGACACCAUCGAGAACGUGAAGGCCAAGAUCCAGGAUAAAGAGGGCAUCCCCCCUGACCAGCAGAGGCUCAUCUUUGCCGGCAAGCAGCUGGAAGAUGGCCGCACCCUCUCUGAUUACAACAUCCAGAAAGAGUCAACCCUGCACCUGGUCCUCCGCCUGAGGGGUGGCAUGCAGAUCUUCGUGAAGACCCUGACCGGCAAGACCAUCACCCUGGAGGUGGAGCCCAGUGACACCAUCGAGAACGUGAAGGCCAAGAUCCAGGAUAAAGAGGGCAUUCCCCCUGACCAGCAGAGGCUCAUCUUUGCCGGCAAGCAGCUGGAAGAUGGCCGCACCCUCUCUGACUACAACAUCCAGAAAGAGUCAACCCUGCACCUGGUCCUCCGCCUGAGGGGUGGCAUGCAGAUCUUCGUGAAGACCCUGACCGGCAAGACCAUCACCCUGGAGGUGGAGCCCAGUGACACCAUCGAGAACGUGAAGGCCAAGAUCCAGGAUAAAGAGGGCAUCCCCCCUGACCAGCAGAGGCUCAUCUUUGCUGGCAAGCAGCUGGAAGAUGGCCGCACCCUCUCUGACUACAACAUCCAGAAAGAGUCAACCCUGCACCUGGUCCUCCGCCUGAGGGGUGGCAUGCAGAUCUUCGUGAAGACCCUGACCGGCAAGACCAUCACCCUGGAGGUGGAGCCCAGUGACACCAUCGAGAACGUGAAGGCUAAGAUCCAGGAUAAAGAGGGCAUCCCCCCUGACCAGCAGAGGCUCAUCUUUGCUGGCAAGCAGCUGGAAGAUGGCCGCACCCUCUCUGAUUACAACAUCCAGAAAGAGUCAACCCUGCACCUGGUCCUCCGCCUGAGGGGUGGCAUGCAGAUCUUUGUGAAGACCCUGACCGGCAAGACCAUCACCCUGGAGGUGGAGCCCAGUGACACCAUCGAGAACGUGAAGGCCAAGAUCCAGGAUAAAGAGGGCAUCCCCCCUGACCAGCAGAGGCUCAUCUUUGCCGGCAAGCAGCUGGAAGAUGGCCGCACCCUCUCUGAUUACAACAUCCAGAAAGAGUCAACCCUGCACCUGGUCCUCCGUCUGAGGGGUGGCUAUUAAUUCUUCAGUCUGCAUUCCCAGUGGGCAAUGAUGGCGUUACUCUGCACUCUAGCCAUUUGCCCCAAUUUAAGUUUAGAAAUUACAAGUUUCAAUAAUAGCUGAACCUCUGUUAAAAAUGUUAAUAAAGGUUUUGUUGCAUGGUAAGCAUA